GUCGUACUACUAGGAUGAUGGGCUACAAGUGUGGCAAGUUUGAAAUCAAGCUCUCUACACAAAAACUGACUAAAAAUCCAGUAUCUCAGCAACAAAGCACCAUGGGCACAAACCAACUUACGGUAUUUCACUACUCACUGAGAUCUACAAGAUAAAAGUAGUCAGAGUUCAAAAGCGAUUUAUAACCUCAAGAGGUUCCCUCGUCAGACAUUUCUGACAGUCAUCAAAGAAAUACUAUAUCAAGUCGAAAAUUAUUUAUCUUCUCUCUUAUUAAUUGUAGAACUGAUAAUGAUUUGUUAUCCGUACUAAAAUAUCUUGUGAAUAAUGGUAAUUCAACGGUUUUCCAGUGGCGUACAAAUCGUGUUCCAACAAAUAUUGAACGUCCAGUUCAAAAUUAUAAGAGUAUGAUUGAUAAAAAUGAGACUGACGAUGAGAAUAAUCAAAUUGUUGGUCUUGAUGAUGACAUUGAUCUGACAGUAGAAAAUAUUGAAUUGAAGCAGGAUGAACAAGAACCAGGUGCGAUUAAAGUUAUCGAAGAUACCAUUGAUUUUGAUAAGGACAAUGGUAUUGAUUGGUCGGCGAUAGAUACUGUUCCUGAAUUGUUAGAUCCAUCUAUCGAUUUGGAUAUACACACAACACAAUCAAUCACAGACGCCAUUACUGAUGCUGUAAUCAUUGAACAACAGAAUGUACAAGAUGAUGACACAGCUCGUGGUGAUGAUGCAUUGACAUUACUGGAAAAUCGUUCUACUUACAUAUUAUUUAUGAAUAAUUUGAACAGAUUACAAUCAUUUUUAAGACAACGUUUAUCAGAGUAUAAUGUGAAUGAAACAAUCUUGAUGACAUUUAUCAUGCAAAAUGCACCAUUUUCAAUACAGAAUAAGACAGAAAAUGAUUUAAAAUUGUAUUUGUCAACUGUUGAUUCGAUUUAUUCUCAAAUUUUAACAAAUCAAUUUGAACGUUUAUUUUUGAUGCGUGAUUCUUCAAAAUAUCGCGAACGUUUAUUACAAAAAUUUCAACAGAAAACAAAGUCUAUUGAACGAAAUCACUAUUUACAACAGGAAUACGAUGAAAAAUCGCAAAAAUGCAAUGAAGAGGAGACAAAAUCAAAACAAAAAUUAAAUGUAUUAAUUUCUUAUACAAAACAGUUAAAAGAAGAAGUAUGUUGUUAUAGUGUGACUGCUGAGACAGAAAAAGAAAAAGAUUCUUCUUAG